AUGUGCACCCCGCCAUUGUCACACCUGAUAGCAGCACAGCUGCACCGCCUGCACCAUCUGGACGUGCCUCUUGGGUCGGAGGAGGAGCGGAAGGAGGGGCACUUGUGGCAUGCGCUGUUCGACAUGCUCCACACUGCCGAGGAGCUGCGUUACGACGACCAGAAGCUGCAGACCCGGUUUGAAUCCAUUGACUUUGCGAAGCUGCGAAGCGAGAUACAAGAAGCAAAGGAGUUGACAGACCGUCUCCACUCGCCCAUUGUCUUUGCCCACAACGAUCUCCUUGCAUACAACCUGCUGCUGGACGAAUCACAACCAGGCACCCCUGUGAUGCACAUGAUUGACUUUGAGUACGCGGCGUACAACCCCCGGGGCUACGACAUUGCAAACCACUUCUGUGAAUAUGCCGGCUUCGAGUGCGAGUACUCAAGGUUCCCCUCCAAAGCCCACCAGCUGGACUUCUUCCGCCACUAUCUGCACCCCACCGCUCCCGAGAAGGCCUCGCAGGAAGAACUGGACAGGCUGUAUCUGGAGGUGAAUGCGUUCACUCUUGCCUCUCACUUCUUCUGGUGCCUCUGGUCACUCAUUCAGGCCAAGUACUCAGCCAUUGAUUUUGACUACAUGGACUAUUUCUUUGUUCGUUACGGCAUUUAUCUAAAGCGGAAGGAGGAGGAUGUUGCGCUUGUAGAGGCUUACCUCGGCAAUCGAAAGAUGCAAACCAGCUUAGUGGUUUGA